AUCGAAAACCAAACCAGUUUCUAGGAAGUUUCUUGGAUAAUUCACUAAAUACUCAUUUCAACACAAGCAAGAAAACAGUCUGGCUCAUUCAUGGAUACAGACCAAUGGGUUCCAUUCCUUCAUGGCUUCAGAACUUUCUAAGAAUUUUGUUGGAUCAAGAUGAUAUUAAUAUAAUUGUAGUGGACUGGAACAGGGGUGCCACAACUUUUAUUUACAGUAGAGCUGUCAAAAACACCAGAAAAGUUGCUGUAAAAUUGAGUGAAUCCAUUCACAAUCUUUUGAAGCAUGGAGCAUCUCUUGAUAAUUUUCAUUUCAUAGGUGUGAGCUUAGGGGCUCAUAUUAGUGGAUUUGUUGGAAAGAUAUUUCAUGGUCAACUUGGAAGGAUAACAGGUCUUGAUCCUGCUGGACCCAAAUUCUCUGGAAAACCAUCAAAUGAUAGAUUAGAUUAUAGUGAUGCAAAGUUUGUGGAUAUCAUUCAUUCUGAUGUCAAUAGUUUAGGAAUUAAAGAACCUUUGGGACAUAUAGAUUUUUAUCCAAAUGGCGGAAAAAAACAACCUGGCUGCCCUAAAACAAUUUUUUCAGGUAUUGAAUUUAUUAAAUGUGACCACCAGAGAGCAGUUUACUUGUUCAUGGCUGCUCUGGAGACAGACUGCAAGUUUAUCUCAUUUCCAUGUUCUUCAUAUGAAGAUUACAAGAUUGGUUUGUGCAUGGAUUGUGAUGGUUUUAAGAAGAAAUGCCCUAGGCUGGGUUAUCAAGCUGAACUAUGGAAAGAUAUUUUAACAGAAAGAAUAGAAAAAAGGUCUCUUAGGACCUCUGUGUUUUUGGAUACUACAGGCACACAUCCAUUCUGUACCUAUUAUUUUAUUCUCAGUAUAAUGGUUCUGGAUAAAACUAUGAAGGAUGGACAUAUUACAUUUAAAUUAUUAAACCAACUUGGAAUGGUUGAAGAGGCAAGACUCUAUGAGAAGAAUAUAUCAUUUUAUAAACUUAAGGAAGUCAAGAUUCUUGCUCGAUUAUUAAAUGAUGUAAAUAUUUCAAGCAUUGGUUUGACAUAUUUUCAGACCUCAACUCAGCUGUGUUUGACAUGCAAGUAUAGCAUCUAUCGCCUCAUGUUAAAAUCAGUUACAUACCCAGAAAGACCGCCACUUUGCAAUUAUAAUGUUUCCCUUAAAGAAAGUGAAGAAGUAUUUCUCAAUCUGAGCACUUGUAGACCACAGGAAAUAUAAACAGCCUUCUUCCAUCACCUGUAACAAAUUCUUGUGAAUUAAGGAACUUGUAUACUAGAACAAAGCAAUUUCUUUGAGCAUACACUGUUCAAUCUGGAAUUUAGAUAUUUGUACUCAAAUUUUUAAGAAUCAAAGUAGAGGA